GGUGACGGGGAGGGGCGCGUCACGUGCGGCAGGAGCCGUUCCGCCGCUAACGGCCGCGGGUCGCCGGCGACGUGGUGCGCGUGACCCGCUGCCGCCGGCCCGAGAGCGAGGGGGGGAAGGGCGGGGAGAAGGAGAAGGGCGCAGCGCAGCGAGUCCGGCGGCCGCCGCCGCCGCCCGCCGCCGCUCCCCACCCUUCGCCACCGCCAUGAUCAAAGCCAUCCUCAUCUUCAACAACCACGGCAAGCCGCGGCUCUCCAAGUUCUACCAGCGCUAUAGUGAAGAUACGCAGCAACAAAUUAUCAGAGAAACUUUCCAUUUAGUAUCAAAACGUGAUGAAAAUGUCUGUAAUUUCCUAGAAGGAGGAUUAUUAAUAGGUGGAUCUGAUAACAAACUAAUUUACCGACAUUAUGCCACCUUGUAUUUUGUCUUCUGUGUGGAUUCUUCAGAAAGUGAGCUUGGCAUUUUAGACCUCAUACAAGUAUUUGUGGAAACGCUAGACAAAUGUUUUGAAAAUGUCUGUGAACUGGAUUUAAUUUUCCAUGUAGACAAGGUCCAUAAUAUAUUGGCCGAAAUGGUCAUGGGUGGAAUGGUUUUGGAGACCAACAUGAAUGAAAUUGUUACUCAGAUUGAUGCUCAAAAUAAACUGGAGAAAUCUGAGACCUUUAUCUUUCAGUCUCCCAGACAGGACAGGUAGACAAAGGCUGGUUUAGCAGGAGCUCCAGCCCGGGCUGUUUCAGCUGUAAAGAAUAUGAAUCUGCCAGAGAUCCCAAGAAAUAUUAAUAUUGGUGACAUCAGUAUAAAAGUGCCAAACCUGCCCUCUUUUAAAUAACAUGGCUACUCCAGGUAAAACCGAGGAAGAAAUGUAAUAGAGAUUUACUGCAUAAGUGUUUACUAAAUAAACGACAUGUCUAACUUUUACUAUUUGGAUAAGACUCAAGGUACUGUAUAGACAUAAGUUGAAAAAUCAGUGUGUGGAGUUGAAUGUUGCUUUUGUCUUGUUUGUGAAAUUAAAGGAAAUGGGUAGUUCCGGUGUGAUUUCUAAAUUACAUUCCUAUGCCCUUGUAAGGCAUAUCACUGUGUCUCGGCUGCUGCAGUAUUUUGGGAAAGUAUUAAAGACGUUAUUUACUUUGUAUAACCUAUAAUGCUGAGGUUUUUUGUAUAUUCACUAAGGUCUAUAAUUAGUGCAUUCCUUAACUACUUCUGCUGUUUGUCAUGAUUAUUUAAGACUUCAGUGCAAAUGUUGCAUGAAAACAUUAAACUCUUAUUUUGUUUAAAUAAAAUCAUAACAAACCAGACUUCUAAAUACCUGUUUGUCUGAAAUCUACUCUUUGCAAUAAUCAUGUUAUUUCCUAUUCAUGGAGCCAAUUGACUAUAUAUAAAUACUGUUGUAGCAAGCAUUAAUGUUGUAGUUUAAUCUCUGAAGGAAUUACAUGGGGAUAUUGUGUUGAACAUACUGGCUCUUUACACUUCUCACAACAGCUCUUCAUUAUUAUUCAGAAGGAAAAACUGCCUUUACUGAAGACCCAAUGACUUCUGUUUACAUGUUGGUGUUGAGAAGAUACUUACACAAUCUGAUAGACUUUCCCUGAUGGUCUGACUUUGUUUUGGGAAAAAGGGUCUCUGCAAUUUCUGUGUGUUGUGACGAGUACAGAAUGGGCUGAGGAAGUUGGGCAGCUCAGAAUUAUAAAUAUGAGUGUAUCAAGUAACGUGAUAAAGGAAGGCACUCUGGAAAGGUAAAUGAGGAUACUUUAAUAGGGCCUCUGUGCCUCGUGACAUUUGUGAUUCUCUACUUCGAGAAUUAGAUUUGAGAUACUUAGUAUUGUCAAGACCUCAGAAAAUCUAAGUGCUAUCACCUCUGUGUAAGUUGCUCAGCUCUUAAACUUUUGUGAUUUAAAAAAAAUAAAGGGGGGUAGUGAUUGUUUUUUAUAAUCAUGCUUUUAAGCUCUGUGUGAUGUACAAGUCUGUUUAAAUGAAUAAUAAAACUAUCAUUGGGAUAUUUAA